AUGUCACGAAGUAUCAUCCCCGAUCAGCUUUGUUCAGAAGGUACCAUUAAGUACGUUGGCUUCGAAGAAACCAAGGCCGCUCAAGUCUGGGAGAUAUUCAGCCGACUUUCCGAAAGAACUCAACGUGAAACCUUCUCUUGGCUACGCCCAUCCAAGAUCGAACUUGUGGACUUUCUCACAAACUCCGUCUGCCAAAGAAACGAUGUUUGCGUUGAUGAUGACGCAGCUUGGUCCCGUUGCAUGGAGCGCUGGGGUAUCGCAAACGAGAUGCAGAACGCCAUCCUGGACCAGCGGUUUAAGAAGCUUCGUUUGACCCGUACUUGCGAGCAGUGGAUCCGUGAUACUAUCAGACUACGCUACAAGGGUCUUCGUGAUUUUCUAAACACCCGUGGUGAUAAGAUCCUGCGCGGCGGCACGUCUCGACCUGGUAGCUCGAUUGUUGAGAUCGAUCAGAACUCACAGCACAAUAUUCCAGACACGCAUCGCAAUAGACCGUCCAGCUUCUCCGGCGAGACUCUCACCUUUGACGAUAACUUCGCCGCCCCAGGAAUUACGGUGCUAUACAAGGAUAUCAGUGCCCGCCAGGCAUAUGGCAACUCUCUCUUGGAUCGCGAAGGAAACUUAAAAGAUGUCCUGUGCCUUGAGGAGAGCCCCUGGACUGACUUCAGUGGCUACAAGGCGAUGUCCUACUUCACCACAUUUCUUCGGACAGCGCAGAUGUACGCCUCAUACAUGAAAAGACGCGACAGUGGCUGCGGAGAAGUUGUUGUGGUCCGGCUUUGCAUCCCAGAUGUCGCCUUUCACAACCUCAAGGGAGUUCACCUUAUCGAGGCUUACUUUCCUAGCGAUGACUGGAAGAGAUUGAUUUGGUACUGUAGAAACACAGGGUCAGUUGAGGAGGUUUGCCGAUUUGAUAAAGUCACUGUCGUUAUUGGAAAUGUUUCCACGGCGACAGCCAUGGAAGGGAGUUUUUGA